UUGUAGCUUAUUGGUUUUCGUCAAGUAGCUACAUAUGUAGUCACAGUAUUAUAAGUACGCACACACAUCGACACAUCACAAAAUUUCUGAUCUGAACAAGCUACUAAUCUCUUUUUUAAUUGCAAUACUUUUUUGUCUAUUCCCAUAGUUGACCAGCUAUUAAGUUGUGCAACGGCGAACAAUAAAUCAAAUUGACACCACGAUUUGAAACAAGGGAACUAAACAGCAUUCCACCUGAACAAAGAAGGGAAAAGUAUUUGUCAACUUUUUGCCAAAGUGACCCAGUGACAGGAGAACGAGACAAAUGGAUCUUGGAGUGCAAUCGUAGUGAGUGAGCGAUAUAUGGUGGUGGAUGGAUUUGGUCGCCUGGGAAGGAUCCUAGAGGAACAGAACAGCAAUAAAUAAUCCGUGAAAUCUUCCAAGACAUUCCCUCCCACAAGAAGAGGAAGAAGCCACCAACCAAUAUUACACACUUUUUCUUCUAUUGCUCCACUUUAACCUACAACCCACAAGAUCUGAUGUCAUAUUUGUACUAAUACCACUACGAAUUUUUACUGAUUUAUAGACAUUUGUUGGUGCUAUUGACAGCUUUAAGAGACGAUAAGCCAGGACGCUAAUGAAAUGCACUAGUCUUUAUUGUUCUACACAUUUCUGUGAAUUUUGGCAAGUAUAGUCCAGAUAAGAAGUGCUGACUUGUUUUCUCGAUUUUGAUCCACUUUGCCAUCCUCCAUCCUCAGCAGUAAUGUGAAGUGAAUUCAAGUUGUGGUUGUGCAGUGAAAGCACUCAAAACUAAAGCACUUGACUCUCAAGUCGCAGCAACUUUCACUUCCCGGUUUCGGGAGGACAGCUCAUUCAUUAUAUUUGAUUUGAGACCACAGCCUAUAUACAUCCGGGACAUCUGCAUUUACAUUUAUGCACAUCGAAACAACGACCACAGUCAUUCUGAAACUCUCUCUCCACUGAAUUCUUUGUUUUUUGUUCGCGGAAUUUAACAGCUCGGAAAUUGGAAAUUCAUUGUGGGGAUGGAAAUUUUCUAUCGCUCUGUGUACACAUAAGUGUGCACAUAUAUGCAAGCGGAAUUUUCCCACAGGACUUAAUUUUUUCUCGUUCCUAAGCUUGCAUUCUUCCCCUUAUCAUAUAUUAAAAUCAGGAUCGAACUAAAUACGACAAAACCGUCAACGACUUGGAAGGAAACAGGAAUUAUGGAAACGCUCGUCAGAGGAGGAGGAGGGAGUGUAGGUCGCAUCGACAUUAGCGGCGUUGGCGGUGGGGAUGGCGAAAUUUCUGAUAGCAAUUAUAGUGAUCAGCCAUUAGAACCUGUGAUAGGAUUAUCUCUUUCUCUAUUUGCGGGGACAAUCCUGGACAAUGGGACAAAUGAAUCAACGUUUGGAGUCUCAGUCAACGAUGAUGAUUUAUUCCCAGAGUAUCCUGUCGAACUUACCACGAUGACUGCCAUCAUUUGUGUUUUAUUUUUGCUGCUGGGUAUUCCUGGAAACCUUAUUACGAUCAUCGCUCUGGCUCGUUGCAAAAAGGUCCGAAAUGCGACAGCCUACUUUAUAAUCAACCUAUCGGCCUGUGACCUGAUGUUUUGUUGCUUCAAUCUGCCCUUGGCUGCUUCAAUGUUCUGGCACCGGAAAUGGAUUCAUGGCGACAUGCUUUGUGGCCUUUUCCCCUUCUUCCGAUAUGGUUUGAUGGCAGUUUCAGUCUUUACCGUUCUGGCGAUUACCAUCAAUCGGUACGUGAUGAUAGGUCAUCCCCGUGUGUAUCCCAGAUUCUACCGCACGCGGAACCUCGCUGGUAUGAUUUUCUUCAUUUGGAUGGGGGCGUUUGGAGCGUUAUUUCCAACCUUGCUCGGAGCCUGGGGAAAAUUUAUGCUCGACCGAGAGAUUGGAAGCUGCUCUAUUAUGCCGGAUGAAAGUCAGAGGUCUCCGAAGGAGUUCCUCUUCAUCGUCGCAUUUCUUCUUCCUUGUUGUGCCAUCAUUAUUUGCUACGCUAGGAUAUUCCUCAUUGUGAGGAAAGCCACAGUCAACUCCCGUCCCGUGGAACCAACAACAUCCAUCCUGAGCACAAAUCAUCAUCAUCAUCAGCCACUUCAAGAAUCUGAAACUUUGGCUCCUGAUCAAGCAAUAAUGCGUCGUGGGUCAGCCCGUCCUUCAAUGGCGAUCAUCCAUCAGAGAGGAAAAAUGACUGCGAAAGAUCGAAAACUAUUAUGGAUGAUUCUUGUAAUUUUCGGAAGUUUUGUAAUUUGCUAUCUUCCCAUCACUUGUCUCAAGGCAAUCAAAAACAAAAGCCCAGGAUUAAAUGUUUUUGGUUUACUUCUAAUCUACCUGACCACAUGCAUGAAUCCGUGUAUCUAUGUAGUUAUGAGUUCAGAAUACAGACAAGCCUACAAAAGUCUCAUAUUGUGUCGGAAAGACUGGAAUUUGAGCAGUAGAACAAGCAACUCUAAUAAAACGUGAACAGUUCACUGCGAAUAAUUGACAAAUCUAUCUCAAAAAUGCCUGAAAUACCUUUAGCUAACAAUACAUAUAUAUAUAUACCUAAAUGACCUAUAUGAAUAUGGGUAGCUUUAUUGGAUAACUGUUUUUAGUGAUAUUUUGUGCAUAAACAAUAGCAACUGGGCGGACAUCUGGCCAGCUUCCAGGCCAUUUAAAAUUUGAUUGUGGAAACAGGAGCAGUAAUUUCAUGUUGUAGUACAUUUUGCUGCGUAUUAAAAAAUUGUAAAUUCCUUUGUUUGUCAAAACUUUCUAUCGUGUCAUGAAAUAGAAUAUUUAAUCAUGUAUAUUCCAUUUUCAAUCAAUUUAUUUUUGUCUCAAGGUAACGUCAAAUACAUUUCUAGUUAAUAGAUCCAUUUGAUCAAAUAUAAUCCAUUGUAAACAGUUCAGACAUGUUCCUGGCUAUAUUAUAAUUACCACUGGAAGCUGGUCACAUAAAUGCUCUAUACCUUUUACCUCGCUUACCAACUGUGAUUUUCUUGGCGCUACAAACAACAAAAUGAAUAUUAUGAAAUAUGAACUACUUGCAAGAACAUUUCAUUAUGCUGUCUUUCUAAUCCUAAGAGCCAGAACUAUAUGCAGUGAGUAAGUUAUGAAGGGUGUACCCUUUAAUUAAAUUAAUUGCAAGGUCUUACCAGCUUAUCAUAUGCAUAGCAAGUAAACUGUCAUUAUUAAAUGUUAUUAUUAUUAGAAGUACGUGAAAAUAAAUUUUUAUUACAAUUUGUUAAAA